AUGGACGUUGUCGCGGCCGUCUCGGGCUACAUCUCCAAGAUGGUGACGGCCGGCGAGUCGGCGUCAGGAUUAUCGUCGACCAAGAUGAAGAUCUUGCUUUUGGAUAGUGAGACAGUAUCCAUUGUCUCGACCGCCAUCACUCAAUCCGCCCUCCUGAACCAUGAAGUCUACCUCAUCGACCGCCUGGACAACGCCGCGCGCGAGAAGAUGCGCCACCUACGAUGCUUGUGUUUUGUGCGACCCUCGCCGAGCUCGAUCCAGUUGCUUAUCGACGAGCUUCGCGAUCCCAAAUAUGGCGAAUACUACAUUUACUUCAGCAACAUCAUCCGCAAGUCCUCGCUCGAGCGUCUGGCCGAGGCUGACAGCCACGAGGUCGUUCAAAGCGUCCAGGAACAGUUUGCCGACUUUUGGGUCAUCAAUCCAGACCUUGCAAACUUGAAUCUGGGAUUCCCACUGUCGCGGCUCUGGAGUCAUACUCCGGAUCUGUGGAACCCCGACUCACUCCAGCGGGCUACAGAGGGAACCUUGGCCUUGCUACUCGCGCUGAAGAAGAACCCGUUAAUUCGGUAUGAGAAGAACAGUUUUUUGGCAAGAAAAUUGGCGACCGAGGUCAGAUACCAUAUCACACAGGAGGAGCAGCUGUUCAACUUCCGUCGGACGGAUACACCCCCGAUCCUGCUCAUCCUUGACCGACGCGACGAUCCGAUCACACCGCUUCUUUCGCAAUGGACCUACCAGGCCAUGGUCCACGAGCUGCUGGGUAUCAGCAAUGGAAGGGUCAACCUGCGCGAUGUUCCCGAUAUCCGACCAGAGCUACAGGAGAUUGUCCUGGCGCAGGACCAGGAUCCGUUCUUUAAAAAGAACAUGUACCAAAAUUUCGGUGAUCUGGGCCAGAACAUCAAGGAAUAUGUGGAACAAUACCAGGUCAAGACGCAGAGUAAUAUGAAUAUUGAUUCGAUCGCCGAUAUGAAGCGCUUCGUGGAGGAUUACCCUGAAUUUCGCAAACUGUCCGGCAAUGUCAGCAAGCACGUUACCUUGGUGGGCGAGCUGAGUCGGCGAGUCGGAGAGGAUAAUCUGCUGGACGUGAGUGAAUUGGAACAGAGCUUGGCUUGCAACGAUAACCACUCCAACGACCUCAAGUCUCUCCAACGCAUCAUUUCAUUACCAAAUGUCCCCGCGGACUGCAAAGUUCGUCUGGUUGCUCUCUACGGUCUUCGUUACGAAAGCCAAUCGAACAACUCCCUGGCGGUAUUGCUCGAUCUGCUCGUCACGGCGGGUGAUGUCCCUUCCCAUCGUGUCAACAUCAUCCCUAAGCUUCUUGCCUAUCAUCAUUCCCUUCAAGCUCCUCCAGUGGCGGGAGGCUUUACGGAUCUAUUUGAAUCCACCUCCUUCUUCUCCGGCGCCCGGGACCGUUUCAAGGGCCUGAAAGGGGUGGAGAACGUCUACACGCAGCACUCUCCAAGACUCGAAAUGACCCUUCAGAACCUCAUUAAAGGCCGUCUGAAGGAGCUGCAAUAUCCAUUCCUCGAAGGCAGCGGACACACGCGGGAUAAGCCCCAAGACAUCAUCAUCUUCAUGGUUGGGGGCACAACAUACGAGGAGGCGAAGAUGGUCGCUCAAGUCAAUGCCAGCUCUCCCGGCGUGCGCGUUGUUUUGAGCGGGACCAGUAUACACAAUAGCACGACGUUCCUUGAGGAAGUGGAUGACGCCGUGAGCAGCUGGCCAGAGCCUGGUCCCACGACAGCUGCGGGACGGCUGCGGAGGGAAGUUGGGCGCUAA